CGAGACCGGGGAUGUCUCGGCGAACGCCGGGGUUCGUUACCAAAUGUCCAUUCAAUAACACUGUUCAACCCGGGACUUAUGUUGCAACAGCAAAGGUGGAAUUCGUGCCGCAUGAAGGGACGCCCAGCUGAAAAUGAAACACCAUCGAACACACGGCGUGGUCUACCGUCUUAUCAAUCAGGAAAAGAGGGAGGUCUCAUGGGAGCAGAGCAAUCGACAGACUGUAAGGAUUCUUCCCGGGAAACGGAUUGGCGGUGAAGGUCUAUGCUUCUUAAGAAAGCAGUUUCAUUUGUCGAUGACUACGACGCCGGAGCUUGGAAAUCUAAAGCCUACGACAACACCUGUGUCAGUCAAAGCGCAAAUUCAAGAGUUUCUUAAGAAAAUGGCGAUAACAUCUGCGCGCGACCCCCUUGAUUCUCUCAAGGUCCUAGAGGACCCUCGGCAGCAGCAUGCAAGACACAACCACUCGCGUGGCGAACUGCAUCGCAGACCUUUUUCUUCACAGAUGCAAGAACCACGAGGAAGAAUUCUCGAAUGUCGGCGUCGGGUGAAGUCUCGACAGACGACACGAUUUCUGGCUUGGCUCUGUAAAACUGUCAUUAACGUCUUUAUCUUCUGUGCGGAAGUAUAAGAUUCCUUUGUUCGGAUUAUCGUUCGAUUUCUACGAAGAAGGGCGACGUACCUGCGACAGAUCUAUACACGACGACUUUUCCAGAGGAAGAAAAAUUAUUUCUUUUUCCCGUUACAAACACCGCACAUCGACGGUGGACUCUGUGCCUCUCCACAGACAGUCAGUUUACUUCUUUCUCCUCAUGCACUCUCUGCCUCUGAGCCGCGGUUUCUUCUAUUUUCCUCCUUUUGUUUCUUCGUUCCGCUGCGUCGACUGCGUGCUCUCCAUCUCUUCCUUACUUGGCAUCGCCAGGCGGCUCUGCGUCUCACCCCGUGGACCUUGUGUGUCUCUGAG